AUGCAGUCAUUUUCAGUAAUUCUCUCCAUUUUAGGACUUGGGUUGCUUCAUGUAGCCAUUGGUGCCUUGGAUCCAGAUGGCGUCCCAUAUCCUGAUGACCCUUCGGUUUUGAACCAACAGGCAGGUAUAGCAAUAUUGAAAAACUACGAGCAUAAGAAAAGAACUGGUAUAUAUCUUCAUCAUUCAAAAAAGAGUGCAAAACUUACUCAACCCCAGAUUACAUCUUCCGACAAAACCUGUCUCCCACCGCAAAACUCGCAGACAAAAUCGUAGCUCAGAUCAAGAAAACAGAAGAUAUUACCAUCUGGAACCGCUACGCCAACUCCAACAACCCAAAGUUUCCAGGGCAAAACUUCGCUUCAGCCAGGUCGACAAUCGGUACCACAGAUCUUUUUAAAGUUGUGAAAAGACUUCCCAAGGGUUCACUUCUCCAUGCUCAUCUCACUGCUAUGCUUCCGUACGGAAUCAUAUUCCAGACAAUUCUCAACACGCCUGGAAUGGUAAUUUCAGCCGCAACGGACCUUGCAAGUGAUGCCAAUAAAAACAAUACGUCGAUAAACUUUGCUCACUCCAACACCACCGUGACCGCCGCUGCAGCAAGCAUUUGGACCACAUCUUACAUACCAAACACUCCGGUUCUUGUUACUGAAGCUGCCGAUGCAUUUCCAGGUGGCAGAGUUGCAUUCCUCGCCUUUCUGAAGGAUAGAGUCACACUAGGUAUUGACGACGCCGAACAAUCGGAAUUAGGCGUUGACGCUAUCUGGAAAAAGUUCCAAGGGAUCUUCGGGACGGUGGGUACGGCGUGGAGUUACGAGCCACUGGUAAGAUCGUUUUUGCAAGAUCUUUUUGGAAGUCUGGCAGAUGACGGGGUGCAAUGGGUGGAAAUUAGAAAUGGAGGGAAUAAUGGGGUUGUGAAGACUGGGGAUAGCGUGGCAAGUCCGGAUCCAGAUUACUGGUAAGCUUAUUCUCCGAGUGUCAAAAUUGGUAAUGAAAAGGCUGAUAAAUUGGUCACAAGGUACAAUCUCUUCCAAGACGAGGUUACAAAAUUCAAAGCCACGAGGAAGGGGAGGAAUUUCUGGGGUACCCGUAUCAUUUGGACCGUCUCUCGAGGUCGCGAAAGAGCGAGAAUCAUUUCAGAUAUGAAGAAUGCCUUGAAUUUCAAAGCUAAGUAUCCAGAUCUUAUCUCAGGCUACGAUCUUGUCUCGCAAGAGGAUCUGGGCCGUUCACUUUCCGAUCUCACACCAGAACUACUCUGGUUUCAACAGCAAGCCGGUGCUCGAAACCUUACGAUUCCGUAUUUCUUCCAUGCGGGUGAGACCCUGGGUGACGGAAACUCAACCGAUGAUAAUAUCAUCAGUGCUGUCAAGUUUGGCACGCGAAGGAUAGGACAUGGAUUCUCGUUAUUCAAACAUCCUACGUUGAUGGAUAUUUAUAAGGAAGAGAAUGUUGCUGUCGAGGUUUGUUUGAUUUCUAAUGAGGCCUUGAGACUCAAUGACAAUGUUUUGCAACAUCCUUUGCCGGCGUUGAUUGCAAAUGGUGUCUACACAGCUCUGAGUAAUGAUGAUCCCGCGAUUGAGGGACAGGAUGAUGCGGGGUUGAGCUAUGACUUUUAUGAAGCGAUUCAAGGGUUUGAGAACAUUGGGUUGGCAGGCUUGGUGAGUAGCACGCUUCUGGUCCUAUUUCUGAACAAGGGUUUUGACUAUCACUAGGGUAACUUGGCUCAAAAUUCUGUCCUCUUCUCGAAUUUCGAGGACCAGAAUAGUUAUAAAUGGUAUACAGAUAUAGAAGAAGGUGCGAAUGGAAGUGGAAUCAAGGCAGAUCAUGUUAGGGAGUGGAACAAGGAUUGGGAAAAGUUCUGCAAGUGGGUUGUCUCUGAGUUUGGUGCGAAGUACAACGCUACUGCUUGA